GAAAUGGAUUGUGCUGUAACCCCCAUGGGAGCUAUGGUACGUUUGGUGAGCAUAAACCUUGACUUCCUGAAACUGAUUUUUUGGGGAUACGAUGGGAUUUUGCACGGAAUAGUUAUCUAUUUUCAACGUGCAUAAAGUGCCGAAGCCAUACGUGCCGGCUUUGAGACACAGAUCGAAGCUGAGCCAUGAGCGCUGACGAGCGAAAUCCGGCCGCCACACCCACCCCCUGUGAGGAUACCCAAGGAGACGGACGAUGGAUGUCGAUGCACCACCGCUUCCUGUCCGACAGCAAAGACAAAGAACCCGACGUCCUCUUCAUCGGCGACUUUCUGGUGCAGCUCAUGCAUCAGUUUGGUGUGUGGCGGGAACUCUUCUCCCCACUCCACGCCCUCAAUUUCGGGGUGGGCUGCGAUGCCACCCAGCACGUGCUCUGGAGACUGACCAACGGUGAACUGGACCACAUCAGCCCAAAGAUCGUCGUGCUGUGGGUGGGGACUCAAAAUCGCGGACAUACCGCAGAGCAGAUCUGCGGAGGCAUCAUGGAAAUCGUCCAAGUGGUCAAGAACAAGCUGCCGCACGCUCACACGCUCGUACUCGGACUCCUACCGAGAGGUAAAUCCCCGAACCCUCUACGGGAGCGCAACGCCAAGGUGAACCAGUUGGUGCGGGAAGCCGUCGCCUACCUGCCUCACGCCUCCUUCUUGAACGUGGAUCCGGGCUUUGUGCACUCCAACGGCAGCAUCUCCCACCAGGACAUGUACGACUACCUUCACCUCAGCCCGCAGGCCUACCAGGCGGUGUGCGAGCCUCUGCAUGCUCACCUCAAGUCCAUGCUAGACAAAUCUGCUGAGAACUGAGGAAGACGUGUG